AUGGCGCUGGCUCGCCACUGUAUGCUCUUCCAAGCGCAGAGCUUUAAAGGAUCCCGAGAUACGCUGAGCAACGAUACGCUCCGUCUCAUGGGAACCUGUUAUAUCCCCAGUUCGACUGCGGAACAGCGAUGGUUGAGGACCGAUACGAGUAUCAAACACAACGACCUCACCAAGCUGUCGCCCAUUGAGUUGUCAAGGGAGGCGGUCAGCCAGGUUGAAGCUGUGAAGUUCUUCAAGGGAUUUCUGCAGCUCAGAUCGACGCUUUCUUUCAUCCCUGGAGCGUUUCUGGCACUCAAGGCUCUUAACCGAUUUCCCACGCUGGACUCUUUGAAAGAGCAAGCGACUCACCUCGAUAACGAUCGCAAGGAACACGGCUACGAUCUUCCUGCCGUGGAUGCGAAUGGGAUCGGGGAAGCAGCCGCCUUUCGCAACGAAGACGACGAUGAGAAUACCCCGUCGAUGCGCGGGUGGGUCUCGUUCAUGAAAGCGAUGGUUGAGGCCUACCCCGGCCGGUGCGUUAGCAUCGAUGACACGCUCGACUGGGGAGCCAGCACCCCUAUGACCUAUGAGGACGGUGCGGGGCAGACUACCAUCCGCCCGACUGAUGGAUGGGUGUAUGUCCCCGCGAUGAAUUCGGACAUAUACGAUCCUCAGGGAACGUUCCUUCACGGAACGAACCUCCGAUACCUCUGGUCGAUUCUUGCACACGGAGGUCUGUUCGGGGAGGAUUACGUGACGGACGAUCAUGGAAGCUGCCGGCAGCUACGCGUCUGGCACAUACCUCGGCGGAGGAUACUGGUUCCAGGUGAUGAUCUGCGUCUCCCGGACUGUGGUGAACAGCCACGGUCGCACGACGAAGAAGCUGGGAGGAUCCCAGAAACGAUUCGCGUCGGAACUCGAUUUCUCGAGCUGUGCGGGAUCGCGUUCAGGCCCUUCCGCCUUCUGGAUGAUACGUCAUCCAUGGUCAUCGAUUCCUCAGCGAGCCCGAUCGAUCCUCGCAUUCUGAAGCUGUUGGGAGAAAGCGUCGCUCGCGACAGUGUCGAGUUUGCCGACCUCACGAUUCAGGGGGGCAACGCUACUCAACAGGUUGCUUCUAGCGAGACAGAACAAUCUGGGGCGACCGCGGCUGACGAUCAGGCUGCGGCGGGUGGCAGUGAGGCGACGGAGCGAGUCACUGUCAACCCAGCAGUGCUUCGCCGCAAUCACUGGAUGCCUGACUCUCACGAGACCAGUGAGCACGCCACUGUCGGUGGCAGGUAUGCCUUGCUAUCCGAACUUCAGUCCUCCAGCUACCGAUUCGAGCUUGCUCCAUUCUUUCAGCUUCGAGCACCCAUCCUGGGAGAGGAAGGAAGCCAAGGUUUGCCAAAGCCUGCAAGGCUCGAGACAAUUGUCGGAGGACCCUCCAAGGAAUGGGAGGCAUGGUGCAGACACUACCGAAAGGCUUACGGUGUCAUGCUUGGAAACUUCGGCUACACGCCCGCCAAGAGCCUCAAGAGUAUCCCGUACAGCGAAGAAGGAACAACGGAUAUCGUUAGCGCGCCGAUUUGGAGCCCGGCCGAUGCACUUGUGGCCGUAUCGAUCCAUGGAGUCAGAACGGUCACGACCAUGGCCUCCACGAUUGCAUUUGGGGGUGCUCCGCCAACGAUCAAGCCGGCGGUGCCCAGCAAACCGCAGAGAUUCGUUGUCAUGCACGAUGGCCUGCUGUCCUUCAAGUCUGCCAAAUCCUGGCACGAUGGUGAGAUGAACGCCCAUCUGAAAAGCGCACUGACGAACUUUGGGUUUUCUGAUUCCGAGGUGCGCGUGCAGGCGUUUGGUGAGGACAACAAGCUCAAGGAUAUGGUCGACACUCUCGCGAUGAUGCAGAGCGAGACUUCCAUCCCGCCAUCGAAUGUGCACAUCCUCAUCCUUUGGAGAGGAGAAGAUCUGUGGAAGAUAGACCAGGGCUGGAACAAGCUAACUGGUGACAUCGACAUGGCACGAUCUCAAUAUGCCAAAACGACCGCCCGGGAUGCUCUCGAGAAGUAUAACACGAUCUACGGAUCGGUGUCCCUUUGCGGACCGGUGUCACCGAGCAUGGUGUAUCUUCCGACUCUCCCUGGCCCUCUCUUCGAGAAAUACAGAGAGGAGAUGAGAUCGAUCUGGGACGAGAUCAGGAGAUCCAACUUCCUUACCCUGUCGUUUGACGCUAUCCUGGAAGGUCUGCCGUACCUGAAGGGAUAUCACAUCAUGCAUGAGUCCAAAACGAUUGGAGUCCUGUGUACCCGUAUCUGCUCGAUGUUCACUCUUGCGGCUCUCGCACGGUUUCCGUCUUACGGGACCCGCCGGGAGUAUCAGAUCGCUGCCGAUAAAAUGUGGGCACGCACCCCAGUCCCGGAAGAGAAUUCGACGGGCGCGGUGAAGGCCAUUGUGCACUCCACUGUGCAGGACCUCAUCGAUGGUGCAGAUCGCGGCGCCGAUCAUCAAGCCGCAGAGACUGUUGAUAUGACUCGGCUUGGUUUCGAUGAUGACGACGAUGACGAUAUGCCUGACGACGUAGGUCCGACAGCUCCCGGAAAUCCGAUCAAACAGGAACAGGGAACAUUGGCGGAUCUACCGGGUGUUCGUCAUCCGGAUCCGAUUGAGCUGCCAGCUACUCCUGUGCCUGGCGAGGCAAUGCCAGUAUCACCCGGCCUUGCUCCGGCUGCCAUGAACGAUGGAGAAUCUAGCAGCAGUUCCGAUGAGGACGAACAGCAAGGGGAUGGAAUGACUGAGGCAUUCGGGAAAAUGCCCACUCCUCGGGAUGCCGAGCGAACUGUCGCUGCCAAUCGGGACGCUGCACGACCACCUGCCGUGCCCUCGAUCCCUCUCUCCACGAUGAAGAAGCCAAAGCCAAUUGCCGAGAAUCGACAAGUUUAUGCGCACUUCGAAAGCCAAGUCAGUGAAGCUGAAGCUCGCCGCGAGCAAGCUGCGGCAAUGAAAGCGCAUGUCGCUGAAGUGGCAAAGGGCGCCGCCGGUGUUGAGAAUGUCGAACAUCUUCGAUCCAUUGCCGAUGGGCUAGCCAAGGUCUUGGACCCGAACAUGAGCGAUGACAAUGUGUUUCAGGGUGCCUUGUAUCCUCCGGGUGACUAUGCGCUUGACGCUGUCACGAACCGACUGGCUCAAGGCAGACGUCGGGUUGAAUCGAACAGCAAUCUCAUCAGGGAGAUGGCCAGCGACCGAUUCACGCCUGUGCUCGUCAACCGAGACACUGGUGAGACUGUGUCUGCCAUCGAUGCACGAUGGACCCCAGAGUAUGGAAACAGGGGGGAGCUUGAAGCUAAGGUUGGUGCGAUCAUUUCCAACCUGGAUGCAGUGGUUGCAAGCAUGUCAACCCUCCCUGUGUUCCAUCCGCACAUUCCCUCGACGUAUGGUAUGGCUCGAUCGCUUCUCAACACAUACCAGUCGUUGCAGAUUGCCAUCCGACACCGUGGCAUGGGUGCGAUGUCCUUUGAACAGAUGGUGUUCAAACCAGAGGACCUUGAGGUUCCGACUUCCGAUGAUUGGCCGGACCUCAUCGCGCCUACCCCCGGAAAAGUCAUUCAGUCCAUGCGAGUUGCCCUGGUGAAUAACACAGCGGCGAGGUUGACGAGAGAGGACCUCAAGCUGCCGCCGGGCUUCGCCAUGCAACGACGAGUGACCGAAUUCCGCAAGCCGGAAGAAGACCCGGUGCAGAGCCUAAUGGGGCUCACCGAUGAUUUGAGCUAUGGCACUAUUGGCCGAACUGGGGAUGACAGAUUGUCCCAGCUCCAGCGCAGUGUCGCGGUACAGCUGCGAAACACUGCAGGUUUCAUUGCGAACGAGUUCCAGAGGCACGCCCGAUCUAUUGCUGCUUCCUCCUCGCGUCGCAGUGACGCCUCAGGCGCCCUGAGUAGUCAGGGCGAAGGCGCUGCGGACAACGAUCUUCCGUCCACCGAGCAGGCCAGUGCCGCAUCUGUGCGCACGGCAACGCCGUCCCCGCCAAACACGGCUCCUCCUCCUCCGCCUACAGCGGCAGCACCUCCAAGGGCGUCCGAAGAGAGUGCAAAGGAGGAUGACGAUGACACCAAGAUGGAUGAUGACACGGCCGAUCAGUUGCCUGAGCAGAAACCUGAGGAGGACGCUGAUAUGGGUGGCGGAGAGGAGCUGCAUGACGAGGUCCCCGGCAAGGCCCCGCCACCAGCUGCCCGAACCGCUGAGAACCCUCCGGAAACCGGCGUGCGUUCCAGUCCUCCGAAUGUCAUGCCUGCUCAGGGUGCCAUGCUUUCUGGUGCUCGGGGACCGGAAGUCGAUAUUGACCCGGCCAGCACCACAGCCGAUCAGGCGGCAAAUGAUCCGAGAAACUGCCGGAUCGAGGGCCCUGGUAUCAAGGCGACAACGAUCCAUCGCCCUGAUCAGCUGCCCGAAAGGGGUAUUGACUCCAUUGCGCCGAUCGUGCAGUAUGAAAUGACGUCUGUCCCGAUUGCGCUGCCAGAUUUCGUCGUCCCGGGACUCGACAUGGGCAUCGAUGACUCCGUCCAUGGUCGAUUGGUCUCCGCGACCUGUCUCCCACCGACCGACGAACAGCGCAAGUAUUCGAGGCGCCGAUUUGCUAUGCUGUCCUCGAAUCAGACAGUGUACUUGGACGUGGCACUUCACAAGAAACCGCUCAAAGGAGAAUACGAUUCUUUCCUCCGACCGGAAUCUUACGAGGACUGCCGCGAGAUUCAUGAAGCUGUCCGGGCCUACAAUGCCAAAGAGGCGAAAUACCGAUCUAUCGGCGGAACAUCUGUGUCAUGCAGCCGAUUGCUCAUUGACGACGCACAAAACAUCCCUGCUGCCAGGAUUCCGGACGCAGGCAUGAUCAGUUUGGUGCGUAAGCUGCUGUUCCGAGUGCUGACGCAAACAAAGGAGUAUCCGUCCGCGACUGCCGUCGGAGCACAAAAUCGCCCCCAGGAUAAAGAGAGGGGCGUCCCAUUGUAUUCAUUCCUCGACCAGAGUGGCAUCAUCGCUUUCGAUGUCAUUCCGAUGUACAUGGAACGCGAGAGGGAAUACAUGAAGGCCAACGCUGGCGAAUUCAGCGGCCGGACGCUUCUCCAGACUAGCAUUCUGGAUGAUAACGAUAAGCCGAGUGAGCUCACCAUCCAGUGCAUUACGGAGAUUGCUCGGACGGACAACAACCGAAUGUUUGAGUUCUUCUACUCGACGAUCAACGACGAUGGAAGUCCACAGUUUGUUGGCAUCCGAGCAACCUAUGGUUUCGGUCCCGAUAAUUUCAACCGAUUCCGACUGCUGAUCAAGUGUCAGCACGGGCCAUUCACUCAGCUCGCUCAAGACCAUUAUGUCAAUGGCGAGAGGAGACGAAAUGUGGCCCGAUACCAUCCCCAGUAUGGAUGGGGAUGCGCAACGAUUCGCGAGUUCUUCGGAUACAUGAACGAUUGCAAGCUCAAUCCCCCGAAGGGGCAGCUCUUCCUUACAUUGCUCCCGUAUGCCCCUGGGUCUGGGAAGAACAACGAGUGGGAAGAGGUAUACAUGAACGUCCGAAUGAACCCGGGACGUGAGACGCUCUCGAACACCGCGUCAUCACAAAGCAUGCUCCCCGAAGGAAUGGGAUCCAACCGCAUGAUUGUGUUUGCGAUUGAUUUGCACAUGAUUGCGGCGGGUAUCAAUCCGAUCACAUUCCAUCCGAGAGGGUACUAUGCGAUCAAGGACAGUAUCCCUCUCGCAUGUAUGCCGAUCGCAUACUUCAUGGAUACGGGAUCUCUAGUGUUCAACACGGCCUUCAAAUACAUCGGAGGACCGAAGUUUGGCACUGGCCCUAAGAGAGGAGACCACAAACGAGAAACGUGGCCACUCGCUAGCUUCGACUGCCCCAUGUGCGGAGCUUCAUUCCCGGUUGGUCUCCACAUGUGCGGCCGGGAGGCUCGACGAAGGUUUCCCCUUCUCGCAACCAAGCUUUUGUGUGAAGAAAAAAGAAGAGUUGAAUAUUACGGAAGUCAUGCUGAGUGGCUCAACGAUCUGAUCGAGCGAAACGAGCUUACCGAAUUCCAGCUCCACGAGUUUCCUGCGAUCAAGCAGCUGAGGAAUUUCCCGGUGUCUAGGUCUCUCGCUGAGGACCAUAGGCAAACCGCAUUCUUCGGAGUGCCACCGAUCAAAUGCACCGCAGCUGACACAUCGCCGAAGGAAGUGGAACUGUUCAAGAGAAGCGUGCGCGAUACGAUUCAAGGCGCCAUUCGCUUAGACAUUUCCAUUGAGAGGCUUGUUGCCGGUAUCACUGGCAAGGAAGCUCGAUGUGGAGUGGAGGACUUCUUCAACUCACAGUCGAUCGCAUGUGCUGCCACGCUCGUCAAGCACUUUGGAGCGGUCUUCGCCACAUGUCGCGAAAAGCCGUUGUGCUACUAUGCACGUUGGUCGAUUCACUGCCAGCGCGCAUACCGAGUCUGCCUGUCGCGAGGAUAUCUCUCCCCCUUUUACACAGGUGUGACGGUCGAUUACACCAUCGACCCAGAGAUGGCAGAAAAGAUCCGACUUGCACAUCUGCCCUUGCAGAACGCCAAUCUGGCAAUGAGGCGGCACAUUCGACUCUCCACCGAGUUUGGAACGUUGGAUGAAUUCCGUGCCACUAUCACGGAUACGCAAAAGUAUCAGCGUUACAUGCGUGUCGAUAGUGAGAGCCUUUCCGCGCUCCUGGCCAAGGUUACCCUUACCACAUGCUACGGCAUUCCGACAAAAGGUGAGCCUGGCUAUAUCUCUGACGAUGAAGCAGAAGAGAUCGAAGGAGCCGCAGCGGCAAGUGAGAAGCCCAAAGGGAAAGGCAAAGGGGAAGACGAGUCCAACGUCCAAGCCAUCAACUGGCGUGAGUUGGAAUUCAAGGAGUUCGUUCGCGAUCACUCUAUCAAGAUAAAAGAAUGCUUCGACGAUGAUCGUGCGACAGAGAAGACAUUCUUCAAUCUUGUUGAAGGAGUAAAGGAUCAGCUUCCCGAUGCUAAGAGCACUGACCCGCUCCUGAUGAAAAGGGCUGAGGAUGUCUUCGAGGCUCUACCCGAUGAACUGGAUGAUCCUCCGAGAGUGUUCGAUGUUGCGGCUCGACAGGCACGACGGCGAGACCCUACGCCUCAGCGCAGAGUGCAGGUCACCGAACAAAGACAAGCGCCGAUUCCCGAGGCUCAUGCCAUUCCCAUUCCUCCAGAUGAUGAGGAUGAGGAUGAUACUGAGCUCGAUCGAGCGGUACGACCCGAUCCAACAUUACAACGCACCGGACGAGAGCAUCUCGGAGGCGUCGCUCCUGAGACGACUCCGCCACUGCCUCGUAACAUGCCGCCGCCAUCAAAUUUGCCGACUCGAAAAUCACAUCGGCAUACGGGCUACAGCGUCGCUCAUUCUGAUGGAGAGCCGUUAAGAGUGUUGGGGAGGGCAGCAUACUCCGAUCAAAUGCAGUUGCCCUCGGUGCUGCGAAUGAAGACUCGGGUUCCGGAGCCGGAUCUGGAUAAUCCAACGAUUGAGGACAUCAUUCGCAUGUAUCAUUCGCCGAGCACGCUUUCCAUCAUCAGGAAGAAGGCCGCGGGUGUCAUCAUCGCGAUGGGCGCGAAUCCCGAUGACAAUAUCAAUAUGAGAGCAGCUGGCGUUACUGUUCCCUGUGCCGAGAAUACGGGGACGGGGCGAGCAGCAUCGCCCGGAAGUACGCCUGCUGCAACACAGGAGCGGAUUAACCCUCAGUUUCCUGCACCUAGCGUUUGCACUGCGUCAAAUCCGCCAUCGAAGUUGCCGCGCGAUGAAAAGUGGGCUCCCUCGAUUGCGCGACCAGCACCUGCUCAGGUGAUCAAGAGUGCAGAAGCACGGGGACGCACGCAACAGUAUGCUGCUAAAGCAACGGAUGUUGCUCCGCCAGCUCCUUCCGAUACUGUCUCUUCGGAGCCGCGAUCUCGAACGAUGGGCCCAGCCAAAGAGACUACGGCUAAGGGCAAGUUCCAAACCGGAUCCAACGUGACAGGCCUCAUCGAU